UGGCUGGUAUCAAAAAGACACGUGGAGAAAAGCUUGGAGUUUUUCAGCAAUGAAAUUUUAAUUAAUGUGGGUGGGCUGAGAACACAACGAUUGUUUAUCAUAGACAAUUUAUUUUCCAGUGCUAAGUCAACAUAUAAUAGCAAACUUACAACAAUUAUUUAACAUUUUUAAAGGCAUGAAGAAGGGACACAGCGAGAGCUGGCUGGGGAAAGAGGCAGAGCUGGAGGGAGCUAGAGCUGCAGGCUCGCGGCUGGCUCUCCCGGGCGUGGGGAACCUCUCCCUGGCUCGCCCUCGCCUUCUCCCUGCGGGACAGCCUGGAGCUCUCUUAGCCUCGCCAUGACCCACCUCUACAACCAUCACCUACCUCCUCUGGUCAGCCCCUCGGUGUUGUACGUGUACGGCCCCGAGCGGCCCGGGCUGCCCCUGGGCUUCUCUCCUCCCGCUACUCUGGUUGGAGCCAGUCGGGCCGAGCCCCCCCAGAAGCCUCCCUACAGCUACAUCGCCCUUAUCGCCAUGGCCAUCAAAGACGCCCCAGAUCAGAGGGUCACGCUCAACGGCAUCUACCAGUUCAUCAUGGACCGUUUUCCGUUCUAUCACGACAACAAGCAGGGCUGGCAGAACAGCAUCCGCCACAACUUGUCUCUCAAUGACUGCUUCGUCAAGGUGCCCCGGGAGAAGGGCCGCCCCGGCAAAGGCAGCUACUGGACCCUGGACCCCCGCUGUCUGGACAUGUUUGAGCACGGCAACUACAGACGGCGGAAGAGGAAGCCCAAGCCGGGCCCCGGGGUCCAGGAGGCCAAGAGAGGCAAAGGGGAGGCGGAGGAGGCCGGAGCCCAGGUGGGCCGCAGAGGCAGGCUGGAGGAAAGGGAAGACAGCACUGCAGCAACUGGGGGAGGAGGGGAAAGUGAAGUAGGAGGAGGGGAAGGAAGAAGAGGAGGGAGAGGAGGGAGAGAAGGAGGUGAAGAGAGAAGAGAAGGAAGUAGUGAGGACUAUGUGCCUAGCCCAAAAGGAGCUUCCCAGGGGCAUGCUGCCUUGGCCCCCACUCACCCCUCCACCAGAUGCUCUGCCCCCCUCUGCUGGCCCAGCCCUGGCCUCCUUUCCGUGGUCCCCAACGACGCCGCCCAGGACAGUAUCCAGCGAGAUGCUGCUAUCUCAGGCCAGUCUAGCGGACAGCCAGAUGAGAGCACAGCUACAUUGGGCUCUCCUCCGACCCCUGGCCCGCGAGACACGGACCCGGAGGACCCUGCCCCUCCAAAAAACGACGACAAGCCCAAGAGUUUCAGCAUAGACAGUAUCCUGGCCCGGACACAGAGCCAGAAGCCAGCCAGAGGGGGAGAGCUGGCCGGGGCAGCCAAACAUGCCGGGGAGUCGCUAUCCGGGGGAUGCUUCAGCUCUGCCCUCUUUGCUAGCUCUCCCGGUCUCUGCCCGACUUUCAGUAGCUCCCUGAUGCUCGAUUCUCAAGUUCAAGGGCGACUUUACCAGCUGGGGAUCCCUCUUCUGUCAUAUUUCCCGCUCCAACUCUCUGACGCUGUAUUUAAUUUCCAGUAAUAAGAACAGAGGCGGGUUUAUUUUUUCUCUUUCUGUCUCCUCGAAGCCUGGAACCUGUCGCUUGCAAGGGACGCCAGCGACUGACCACCGAAGCGGGUGUAAAGCAUAUUAUUUUAACUUUGCUUGUUUAUUUGUUUGAAAGGCAUUUGCCAACCUGUCCGUUCAGGGAAGUUUCAGCGACUCCUACGUGGAGAUGUAACGGCUCAAGAAAUUCUCCCAUUCUGGGCUGGCUGGUUUAUCUUUUGUAAUCCGAAUCCCUGUUCUCUGCACCCUUCCUCCCUUUACUGCUAAGAUUUUGAAUGUUUUUAAACCCAAUUCCAAGAGGCUGAUGUUUGCUGUUCUCCCCUCCGUCCCCACCCCGUCCCUCUGAAAGUUUUAUUAUAGGCUACCAAGAGACAGCACGCACACCCAAGACCAUAUAAGUCUAUCUCAAAGCUACAGUUUAGGUCUCGAAUAAUCCCACUCCCUGGCCUCCCCUCCCCGCUACUCCCACCCCUUGCCCUUGCUUCCGGACCACUUAGGUAUGAAACAGACUAUAAAACAGAAUGCAGUUGUAGCACAAUAUGGAUCAGGGAGCCAAGACAACUUCAAGUUCAACUGUAGGUUCCCACUGGCCUAGGGGAUUUAGGGCUGUUUAUAGAACAGGUCAGCUGGGCUGACUUCGUGGGCCGCUUGGGUGGCGAGUGUAUCAGGCUGAAGGUGCCACUCACUGAAACAGGUCCCACAGAAAACUCCGCUUGUUUGGAGCCGAUUUACGACAGAUGUUAAGGUGGAAGUUGUCAUCUUACCAUUUGGACAACAACCAAGAUCAGUCACGACUUUUAUAGGGCUGUUUCCUUUCUUUCCAGAUAUAGGGUUCAAGGAACAUGUUUUAUUUCUGCUAUAAAUAGUGGACUUUUUUUUUUUAUAAUCGUAACUGACCUUUGAAAACUUCUAUAUUAGCAACCUUCACUAUAAAUGUGCACUCCAGCCAAUAAAAUGUUUUGUCCAUUUAUACAAAUGCAUUAUUGAAUACCCAUUUUGUUGUUUCUGCAACUAGAAGUAGUCAUUUAAUGCACUGUUAUUUUUGUUUGGCUUUCAAAAACAUUUCAAGGGACUCCUGAAGAAGGGGAGGGGAGAGAAGGUGCCUCAUAUCAUGCCAGAUUCACUUUUUUUAAAAAAAGAUCUAGGAAUUUUUUAUAUUGUUUCUGAAUCUGGUAAUAAAAAGGCUUACAUUUUUGUUAAACAAGUUGACAUAUAUACAGAGAGAAUUAAAGAGAGACAGAUGGAGAAACACAAAAAAGCAAUACUGAGGAAUGUGAGAGUGAGUGAGAAAAAGAAAGA